GCCCCCGUGGCGGGGCGGGGCCGCGGGCGGUCACGUGGCGGCGCGGUCACAUGACCCGCGCGGAGCGGGCGGCCGGCCGGGCGAUGCUGUCCCGGCUGCUGCGCGAGCACCAGGCCCAGCAGAGCGAGCGCCGCGAGCAGCAAGAGCGGAGACGGCGAGAGGCCAUUGCUGCAGCCACGUGCCUGACCGAGGCCCUGACGGACCACCUGAACGUAGGGGUGGCCCAGGCCUACGUGAACCAGAGGAAGCUGGACCACGAGGUGAAGACGCUGCAGAUCCAAGCCGCCCAAUUUGCCAAGCAGACAGGCCAGUGGAUCAACAUGGUAGAGAACUUCAACCAGGCGCUCAAGGAGAUUGGCGACGUGGAGAACUGGGCGCGCAGCAUCGAGCUGGACAUGCGGACCAUCGCCACUGCCCUGGAGUACCUGUACAAGGGGCAGCUGCAGCCCUCCAGCUCCUGAGCCCCCGCCAGGCUGGAGCGGGGCCGCCCUCCGCCUUGCUGGCUCGCUCAGCCACCUCCAGGACGACCCCUCCCCUGCGUGCCCAGAGCCGGCUGCCUUGCUCGCUAGCCCAGGCGAAGUCUCUGGGGACCCCCAGUGCUGCAGCUCGCCUGGCGUCCGCCCUUCUGGCCACGGCUCAGUGGGAACGGCCCAGCUCUUUGCCCCUUCGGCCGGGGGCGGGGAGAGCAAGGAAGAAACGACCCAUCCUGCAUUACCCCCGCCCUUGGGCGAGAGGCACCGUCCCGCCUGCUUGCUGGAGAGCGUUGGGAACCCCGGCUGCAGGCGCUUUGCUCUGACCCUGGGGGCUGCUGGGCCGUCUGGUGCCCUGCCACAGGGGGGAGCCGUUGGGUGUGGGCCCUGGGGCCACCUGAGCCCGUCACAGGCCUGCAGGUCGCCCGCCCAUGUGCGGGGCGGCUUGCAGCAGGGGGUGGGGCAGAAGGCAGCUGGCU